AUGGAAUCAAAAUCAUUAUUAUUAAAUGAUAUUGAAUUAAUAAAAAAAAGUUCAUUACAUUGGCAAAUAAUAUUAAAUCGACCAGAUAAAUAUAAUGCAAUAACAAGUGAAAUGUGUGAACGUCUAACAGAUAUAUUAAAUGAAGGAGCAAAAGAUAAAGAAUUAGUUCUUGUUUCAAUAACUGGAAAAGGAAAAUAUUAUUCAUCGGGAACUGAUUUAAUUGAUUCUAUGAAAUUAUUUGAUUCAACAAUAACAACAAAUAUUGAAAUAAUAAUGGAAAAAGGAAAAAUUCGAUUAAAAAAUUUCAUUGAAAGUAUAAUAAAUUUUCCAAAAAUUCUUAUUGGAUUUGUUAAUGGACCAGCUAUUGGUAUAUCUGUAUCAACAUUAGCUUUAUUUGAUGGAGUUUAUGCCUCAUCAUGUUCAACAUUUUCUUUACCAUUUACACGUACAGGACAAACAGCUGAAGGUUGUUCAUCAUAUUUAUUUCCAAAUCUAAUGGGUUUAAUUCAUGCUAAAGAAAUGAUUUUAUUUGAUCGUAAAUUAACAGCUAAACAAGCUGAACAAAGAGGAUUAAUUACAAGAGUUAUUCAAGAUGAUUUAUUUGAAAAAGAAAUAAAUAAUAUUUGUCAAUUUAUUUUAUCAUUACCUAAACAAAGUUUAUUAACAACAAAAUCCUUAAUACAACGAUGGAAUAUUGAUACACUUAAAAUUGUUAAUCAAUAUGAAGUUAACACUUUAAAACAACAAUGGUUAACUGAAGAAUUUCCAAUAGCUAUUUUCAAUUUUAUUAAUCGAAGAAAAAAAUCCAAUUUGUAA